GUUGACUCUUCCUCAAGGACAUUAUCGUAUUUAUUUCUAUUUGCUUAGAAAAAGCAGGAAAAGAGGCUGCUUAGCCACAGGCUGGCUUGGACUUGUUUAGAUAUAUUUAUUUUGAAUUCAAAACUGAACUCAUGCGAUAUGAUGUGUCUUUGGAAAAAAUAAGAUUUUCUUGAUAAUUAGGUUUUCAUUAUUUUUUCGGUGUUCUAAGUAGUACCCUAGUUGUUUAUUUUCUCUUUAUCUCUGUCAAACAUUUCAGCUACAUCUACCUCAGGUUAGAUGCUUCCCUCCCAGAUAUCUGUGGUAUUUAUCUAUAUUGUUCUUUUACAAAUAGAGUUGUCUUAUUAGUUGUCUUAUUUGUGGUCUAAUGUUUGUUUUUCCCCCCCAGGAGAAGUCAUAGAUUCUAAAAAAAUUUUGUCCUUCUUCUGAACUUAACAUAAAUUUAGUUUGUUUGUAUUUGGGUGUAUCUUCUAAAUAUCCACACCAUAAACCCUUAUCAGUUACCAAAAAGUUGUGCAGUUAAACCAUGAGUUGUGGAAAAGAGUUUGUGGAAACAUUAAAAAAAAUUGAUUAUCCCAAAGCUGAUAGUCUUAAUGGGGAAGAUUUUGACUGGUUGUUUGAGACUGUUGAAGAUGAAGCAUUUUUGAAGUGGUUUUGUGGGAAUGUGAAUGAACAGAAUGUAUUGUCCAAAGAAGAAUUGGAAGCUUUUAGCAUUCUUCAAAAAUCAGGCAAGCCCAUCCUAGAAGGAGCAGCACUGGAUGAAGUUCUUAAAACCUGUAAAACUUCUGAUUUGAAAACCUCUACCCUGGAUGACAAAGAGCUAGAGAAAUUGGAAGUUGAAGUUCAAGCUCUGCAGAAAUUGAAGAACCUAAAAAUUCAGCGACGUAAUAAAUGCCAGUUGAUGGCUUCGGUAACAAGCCACAAAUCUCUGAGGUUAAGUGCUAAAGAAGAAGAAGCCACUAAAAGGCUGAAGCAGAGUCAAGGAAUUCUAAAUGCGAUGAACACCAAGAUAAAUAAUGAACUUCAAGCUCUUACUGAUGGCGUUGCUAAAUUGAUGAUGUUUUUCAGACAUUCUAAUUUGGAUCAAGGGGCAAAUCCACUGGUGUUUUUAUCUCAGUUUUCCUUGGAAAAAUAUCUAAGCCAAGAAGAGCAAAGCACAGCAGCAUUAACUUUGUAUACCAAAAAACAGUUCUUUCAAGGUAUACAUGAAGUAGUUGAAAGUUCAAAUGAAGAAAAUUUUCAACUUUUAGAUAUACAGGCACCAUCUAUUUGUGAUAAUCAAGAAAUCCUUGAGGAGAGACGGCUGGAGAUGGUUAGGCUGCAGCUAGCAUACAUUUGUGCCCAACAUGAGUUAAUUCACUUGAAAGCAAGUAAUUUGAGCAUGAAGUCAAGUAUACAGUGGGCAGAGGAGAAUCUUCAUAGCCUCACUAGCAAGGCUCUUGGCAAAGAUAAUUUGGAUGCUAAAAUUUCUAGCUUGAACAGUGAGAUUCUGAAACUUGAAGAACAAAUCACUUAUAUAAAAGAUAAAAGCUUGCCUGCUGUGGUAAAAGAGAAUGCCCAGUUAUUGAAUAUGCCAGUUGUAAAGGGAGAUUUUGAUCGACAGAUUGCUAAACAAGACUAUUAUACAGCAAGACAAGAGUUAGUUUUAAAUCAGUUGAUAAAGCAAAAGGCAUCAUUUGAACUUCUACAGUUAUCAUAUGAAAUUGAAUUGAGAAAGCAUUGGGACAUACAUCGUCAACUUGAAAAUUUGGUUCAAGAACUUAGUCAAAGUAAUGCGAUGCUCCGCCAGCGAUUAGAAAUGCUGACAGACCCGUCAGUAUGUCAGCAGAUAAAUCCAAGGAAUACCGUUGAUACCAAGGACUAUUCUACUCAUAGGCUUUAUCAACUUUUAGAAGGAGAGAAUAAGAAAAAAGAAUUGUUUAUAACCCAUGGAAACCUGGAGGAGGUAGCUGAGAAAUUAAAACAGGAUGUUUCUUUAUUACAAGAUCAGUUGGCAGUAUCUACUCGAGAACAUUCUUUCUUUCUGUCCAAACUGAAUAAUGAUGUGGAUGAGCUUUGUGAUACUUUGUAUCAAGGAGGAAAUCAGCUUUUGCUUAGUGACCAGGAGUUAACAGAGCAGUUUCAUCAAGUUGAAUCCCAGCUGAAUAAGUUGAAUCAUCUUCUUACUGAUGUUCUUGCUGAUGUGAAGACAAAAAGAAAAAUUUUGGCAUCUAAUAAACUGCAUCGAAUGGAAAGAGAAUUAUAUGUAUAUUUUUUAAAAGAUGAAGAUUAUCUGAAAGAUAUUGUGGAGAACUUAGAAAACCAAUCAAAGAUUAAAGUUGUUGGUCUGGAAGAUUGAAGAUUAUUAAAAACGGAAUCUUUACUACAUAUGCUAUGUUUUAAUGUUUUCUAUAUUAGGGGGAAAACAUAGCUAAUAAACACUACUAAAAUUUUAAAUUUGAGGUCAAUGGAACAUUUCAUUUAAUUAAUUCAAGUAUUGUAUCAGUUUGGUUUUUUCCCUCAUAUAGUAUAUUUAUUCAAAGUACCAGUGCUUUCUAUGACUUGAACAUUUGCUUGGUGGGACCUAGUUCUGAUAACUUUUUACUUACAGGGAAAAAACAUUAUUAUGUAAUGCAAAUAUUUCUUAAUAGAAUUAGUUCAGUCGCUUUUACUUUUUUUUUUUUUUUUUUUAGAAAUAGAAAAUUUCUACUGUGAAACAUUUUAAACCUUUGUAGAACUUUGAAUCAGCAUUGUUAAACCCUAAGGUGUUAAACACCUUAAUAUGGAAUAGCCAAGUACCCUCGUAUUUGACUAUAAAGUAAAAUACUCAAACUGUAUCCCCCCGUAAUUCCCUGCUGUAGACUUUGAGACUGAAUGUUCCUAUUUGUUCCACAAAGAAUGUUGGGUAUCCAUUGGCCAUUGUUCAUUUCAGCAUCUGGGUCCUGGGGACUUAGAAUUUCUGCAAGACAUCUUAGUGCUUUGACUUCAGUAUGACACAUUAUGAAUGAUUUUUAAAUGAAAUUUGAAAAUGCCAUAGGAGUGGUUGCUCAAAGGAUGUAUAGUCUAUUUUACCUGUUUUUCUGGAGGGAGAAUACUUAAAUGUUAGAUUGUAUCAGUUGGGAUACAAGUGUAUUAUUUGGACCAUUAGAAAUUAUUUUGAGUGGGAUAAAAUAAUUUGAAAUAGCUUAUUUAUCAGUCAUGACAUCAAGUGUUUUUUGAGUGCUUGAUUUAUAAGUGGCCUGUUACAUACUAUGUAAGCCCUGCAGAGGAAAAGGAGGAUCUAGAUAUUCAAGGAAUAUUCCUUAUUCAAGAAUAUUCCUGCUCCAGAAUAUAUUACUUUUUAAUAUGGAAUGCUAGUCUAAAAACUACACUUUUGUGGAAUUUUUUAGCUAUAACCAUCAGAAAAUGGGUAUGCUUAGGUGACAGAUAAGCCCUUAAUUUUUAUAAUCUGUUGAACAAAAUUAUUUUGCCAAUUAUUAUAUUUGUACAUUAUUUAAAAAUGUGUAUUUAUUAAGUAGAUCUAAAUAUGCUUGAAAAUUUCUAACAAUCUUGUCUAAGAUUUUUCUCUUAGCUCCUCAUGGGUGACUUUUAUUCCUUUUUUUUCUUUCUCUAUUCUACAGUGGAAUAGAGAAUUUACUUAGAAUUUUUCUUUUCUCCAGUAAUGUGCGAAAAUAUGUCACCCAGUUUCCUGGCUCAUGGAACAGCACAUUCUGUUUAGAUUAGUGCCAUGUGUGUUAGAUGUAUGACCAGCUACUUGAUGAUUUGUACUGUCCCUUCCACACCUUCGCCCACUCAGCCCAGGGGCGAGUACAGCUGAGAGGUGUGCAUGGAAUGAUGUCAGGUUGUGUGUCUAUCAUAAUUACCCAAGUCCAUUAAAAAUGUUUAUGUUACUAGAUUUGUACAGUUGAAGAUUAUAACAGCCAUUUGUUUCAAACCUCAGGAAGUACGUGAAUAGAUUGUUUGCUUCAAAAUUGGUUAACUAGAAAUUGUAUGCUUUGUUACCUGUUUACCAUAAUAUUCCAGUUGAGUCUCUAACCAUUUUGCCUCCUUCUUGCUAUUCUAUUGUAUCGGUAACUAUGGAGAUAAUUGAUUCCUAUUUUACGUGGUCAUUACAGAGAGUGAUUUUUAUGAAUGUCCCUGUAUGUAACAUUUUUCAAAUAACUUCUUAUUUUGAAGUAAAAUUAAUAUAUGGAUAUUAUGUUUAUCUUACGUUUAGGAUUUAUGAAAAUGGAAAAUUAUGAGGCAUUUGUAGGCUUUGAUCCCUGUAAGAUACCGCUUUCCAGUGUUGCUCAGAAGAUUAUGUCUGCUGUGUACUCAGGUGACUUAGUGGAGUCUAAGCAUUGGAGAGGGGUGAAAAGAGUGAGUAAUUUUUAUGAAUCUGUCUUUAGUUACCUUAACUAAGGUUUGAAAAUGAGCCAGCAGAAUUAUUCUAAGGAAGUUUAUAUUGUGUAGAGAAGCUUUGCUACAAACAAAUGGAGUCCUGCUCCCCUUGGUUUCCUCUCAUUCAGUGAUAACUGACCUGCUGCUCGCUAGACUUCACAUUCUCUUAACCCUUAACCCUUUAAAAUUUCUUUCCAAUAUUUAUUUUUGAGAGAGAGAGACAGAGCACGAGCAGGGGAGGCGCAGACACAGAAUCCAAAGCAGGCUUCAGGCUCUGAACUGUCAGCACAGAGACUGAUGCAGGGCUCAAACUCAUGAACCAUGAGAUCAUGACCUGAGAUCAAGUCAGACGCUUAACUGACUGAGCCACCAGGCACUCCAGCCCUUAAUGCUUUAAAAUGUAGCACUCUCUUCCUUGUUCCAGGCAUUUAUGCCAAAUAUUUCCUGAGAAUCUGCACUGGCUGUGUAAGUGACCUCAGAAGAGAUGGGCUGUUUCACAGUGCCCCUGGCUUCAGCCUUAGCUCUUGGGUCAUUGAACGUACAUUGACAUAGUAUUUGCUUACUAUGUGUGGCAGACAAGAGAGGUGUUUUUGACAGUGUGUGUAUUAUGCUGCCAGAGAAAUGAAUAAAUUCCUAGGUGGCAAAAAUUGACAGAUACGUGUGUAUGCAUUUAUGGCAUCAUAUAUAACAGCAGUGACAUACGCUCACAAGUAUGACUGAAAUAUUUGGAGCACCAGUUAUUUUUUUUUACUAGCAAAGUUGUCUUGUUUUUUAAUAUUUAAGUCGGCCAAUUUGUUGUUUCUUUUCCACAGAGUAAGUUAUAUGUGAAUGAGAUAUAAUUGAGUAAUUGUGAUGAAAUAAUUGAGAGUAUUGAAAAAUUGUGCAAAAGCUAUAUACGUGCAGUUUCUCGAAGAUAUAGGUAGCACUUAACAUUUAGAUUUGUUCAUAUUCAGGCCUCUGUUGCUCAUGAGCCUCGUUAGAAUAGAAGUCAUUAAUAAAUGAACUGGUAAGAAUUUUUGGGUAUGGACUACCUACCUAGAAAUUUUGAUAGUGUUUUGGGGAGUGGUGGGGGGGCAUAUAGUAAGGACGAUAAAUACUUAAAUACCAAAGAGCUUUCUUUAUCCUGUGUAGUUUCUAAAAUAAAAAAAGCAGUGUGUACUUGACAGGUAGAAAUGUACUUCCUUUAAAAACCGAUAGGAAUAAAAAAAAUGAUAGAAAUAGUAAAAUGUCUCUGGUAGCUUCAGUGUGAGUCUGUUGAGAAAGAUUUAUGGCCAUCAGUCGAUCUUGUGAACUCUUGUCAUGUUCUUAUACCCUAUAAAAUUCUAGUUUUCAUACACUUAUUGAGAGGUAGCAGGAAAAGAUAAAGGUAUUUUUCUGUCAAAUGUUACUGGAUUUGGAAAAAUAGUGGAAUUUUCAUAUGGAUUCUGUAUUGUCUGUUGCUACAUAACACCCUUGCUACCAACUUAGCAACUUAAAACAACCCACAUUUGUUAUCUCCCAGUGUCUGUGGGUCAGGAGCUGGGGCACAAUUUAGCUUCAUCCUCUGCUGGGCUACAGUGCAGAGGUGUGAGCCGGGGCUACGGUCUCAUCUGAGGCCUGAAUGGGGAAGCAUUUGCUUCCAGUGCACAUGGUUGUUGGCAGAUUCAGUUCCUUGUAGGCUUUUGGACUGAGGGCUUCGGUUGGCUGUUGGCUCUAAGACACCUUCAGUUCCUUUUCACGUGGUUCUCCUUAGGCCUAGCUUUACGUGAUAGCAGCUUGCUUUUUCCCUAACUAGAGUGUCGUCAUAGUUGUCUGCAGAGUAAUUGGGAACAUCUUGUCACCGUUGCUGUACUCUGUGGGUUAGAAGUGAGCCAGUAAGUUCCACCCACACUCAAGGGUGUGAGUACUAGGAAGGAGGGGUCUUGGGACCACCCUGGAGUUUGUCUGCCACAGAGUCUCACCAGUUUCUUAUUCCGUAUGGAUUGGAUUAAAUUGGUUGCUGGUGGGUUAUUGAUGAAUGAUGCUGGACCUAAGACCUAGUUAAUUCCUGGACCCUUGUCACAUGCUGAGUUGUUACUGCAUCAGACCCUUACCUCUUACAAGUAAAAUACUGUAUUCGGUGUCUCAUUUCUAAAACCCAUUUCAUACCAAAUAAGUAUAAAAAUUGAACUCAUAAAUCAGUGAGAAUAACUACAAAUAUUUGUUACUACAAACAAGUAACACCGAACAGCAUUACCAUUACACGUCACUUCAGGGUCUGCAUUUCUGAUGUGCUACACUGAGGGAUCUCACGAUACACAUGCAGUAAGGGUUCGAUUACAUAUAUCUUCUUGCUGCAAGAUUGAUCAUAUUUAAAAACCCUUUGCUGUGAGAAACAAAAUACGCAAAAACUUAAACUACAGUUUAAUGAAUUAAUAUGAAGAGGACAUCCUUGUAAUUGCAUCUUCAAAACCUCAACAUUUCCUUCUCAAUUAAAACUCUCUCCUGCUCAGAGGUAACCAUCAUCCUGACUGGCAGUCACCUCCACUUCCUGAUGAUGGGCAUUUUCUCCAGAGGCUUUUUUGGCAGAGAUUAUGUGUACGCAACACCAGUGUGUCCUGGGGAGCAGGAUCAGGCUGCAUGGCUCAGUCUCCUUGCAGUCAGGUGUGACCCGGGUUCCUGUCUGUGGGACGUGUGCUCAGGUGGUGUGUGCCAUUUCCAGGGUAGGCCCAAAGACAUUCAACUUGCUUCCCAGCUGGCCUCUUUCCUUCCACCCAGUAGGAACCCCAAACGACUCCUUUCAAACUCUGCGAAUGAUAACAGUGUCCUAGAGGAUUGUGGAACAUGUUGGAAACUGCAGUCCUGGAGGGACUUCACAAAAGAUGUGUAACCAGCUGAGUACACUCACUCAGAGCAUGAAAGGGAAAUAAACUUUAUUCUUUAA